CAAUUUUUGUCGCGAGUCAAGAAUUUCUCACUCAGCCCCUGUGGACCCAAUGGAGGGGUCAGGUCUAUCCACACGUGGUGCUGCAAAUGUCAGCAUCAUCUGGCCCAAGAUCGCCAACGCGGUCGCAGAGCGGGAAGAGAAGGGAAGAUCGAAGGAGAACACGGUCAUAGAUCUAUCUACUUCCGAGAACUGGUUAAUUCGCGAUGAGCUGAUCGAAUUUUACAAAACCGCUAUACAAAGCGAUCUCGCUGCUCGGCACUUUUCCUACCCCGAUGGAUUCAAUGGUGACCAAUGCCUCGUCAAUGCCUUGGCAGAAUUCUUCAAUGUCUACUUCAAGCCUCACAGUCCGGUUUUGGUGGACCACAUCUCGGUUGCUCCAGGGGCUGCAUCCGCUCUCGAUUCUCUUCUAUACAAUAUCUGCGAGGCCGGUGAUGGGCUCCUAGUACCCGCGCCCUUCUGGAAUGGUUUCGAUUGGCUAUUAAACGUGAAAGCUGGGGUUUUCCCCAUUGCAGUAAGCACGGAGACAUUUGACAAUGCUCUGACGAUGGAUCUACUACCGAUGAUGGAGGAAGCCUUCGCCAACUCGUCUCGCCCGAUCAAAGGCGUACUCUUCACAAAUCCACAUAAUCCUUUUGGUCGAUGCUAUCCAAGCGACGUCAUCGUGGAAGUGAUUAAAUUUUGCAACAAGAAGAAUAUUCACUUCAUCUCCGACGAGCUCUAUGCCGUAUCCCGAUUCGAAAGCCCCGAUGUAAUCAAUCCAGAACCUUUCGUAUCGGCAUUGGAGCUUGAUCUGGUGGGCGCUGGGUGCGAUCCAUCACGUGUGCACAUAAUAUGGAGUAUCAGCAAAGAUUUGGGGUCAAGUGGUUUACGAAUGGGCUGCUGUGUUACUCAAAAUAACAGGCCUCUCGCAACCGGCAUGUCGCUUACCUCUAGCACACAGCUGUCUUCGCUUACAGCUAUUGCGGCCUCGGCAUUGCUCACAUCACCGAAGCUUCCUCAGCUGAUCAAGUUGAACUCCCAAAGACUCUCAAUCGCAUAUUCCCGCCUGACAUCCUUCCUAAAGGAACACAACAUCGAGUACAUUCCGGCUACCAACGGCCCGUUUCUCUUUUGCAAGAUUGUUGCUGAUGCACGGACAUGGGAAGAUGAAGCAGAGUUCGUGUCAGGAUGCAAGAAAAAGGGUGUGUCAAUCUCGGCAGGUAAAAGUUAUCAUGUCAAUGUUAAAGGGUGGGCCAGAAUCAACUUUGCGAUAAUGCCAGAAGAGAUGAGCGACGCGCUGACGAGACUGUCUAAAGUGAUUUCCUGA